GUCAUGGGUCCUACUGGCGCUGGGAAGAGUACUUUUGUUGACUGCGCGGUUGGAAGACCCGCUGUGAAUGCCGGUCAUGAUAUGAUGUCAUAUACAAAUGAAAUGCGCCCGGUCCGAUAUCCUCAUUCCGAUGGCAUCCGCAACAUUGUUUUAGUUGAUACUCCUGGGUUCGACGAUACGUUCAUGACAGAUGCCCAGAUUCUUAGGGAAAUUGCGCGUUGGUUGAAUGCAACCUACAAAAAGAACAUCAAACUGAGCGGCGUGUUGUAUUUUCACCGAAUUUCAGAUAAUAGGGUUUCAGGGACACCGUUAAGGAACUACAAUAUGUUCAGGGAACUAUGUGGAAAGGAGAACUUCAAGAAUAUCGUCCUCGUUACUACGAUGUGGGAUGAAGUAACUGAAGAGGUUGGCUCAGCACGCGAAAACGAACUGCAGUCCGACUUCUGGCGGUCCAUGAUCAACUUGGGAUCAACCAUUCAUCGCUUCGAUGGGACAGUGGAAUCUGCUUGGAAAAUUAUUAGUUGCCUUUCCGUGGCACCACCCGUUCAUCGCCGUCCACUUCAAAUCCAGCGAGAAAUGGUUGAUAACCAUGUGCCACUUCACAUGACAACGGCAGGAAGAGCCGUCAUGGCAACUCUCACUGACCUCAUG